AUGUCAGCCCAACCCAAGUCUCGGAAGCCAUACACUGCCGAGGACAUUCUUGACUGCGCACGGAGCAGGUUAGUUGAAGUCAGGGGCUUUUACCGUUAUGAUCAAAGUGAAUUGGUCUUCCAAAUAAGCCAAGCUGCAAAGCAGGACCUGAGAAAAGAACGGAGCAAAGGAAGAAAAGGCAAGACACCUCAGUUAGAUGUUUUGUUUGGUCGUCUACUUGAUUAUCAACACGUCACUGGAAAACAUGACCAGUUGGUGGGCGAUUGUGCAAUCACACAAAAACUACAGAUGGAUACCCAUAGCCGUCCCAGGAACCACGGACUGCGCGCCCACAGUUUUCGCAGCCAUGGCAUUUCCAAUACGAAUGAUAUCCGGAACCGGUCCCAAUGUAGCAAGCUCCUUCACAGGCUGGAGCUAGAAUUGGGAGUGAAAGGAAUUUCGAUGGCUCUCCUUCCCGCACUCCCAAAGCUCCCGCGAUUAUAUGACAAAGAGGUAUCUCGAAUGAUAGGUUUGCUACGACGUGGCUCUUAUGCAGAGGUCAUGGUCGCCGCUUGGGAUUUUAAUAAGCAACUCGCUAAAGACCAGGACCUCUACAAUACUUUGAUGGUUUGA